UUGGAAGGCAACUGUCAGAAACAAACAGGCAAAAUUUGCUGCACGAGAAAUUUCGCUGCGCCUACUAUUGUCUCUGAUUCAUUCAACAACCCGUCAACAUUUCUCUUCUCUCUCUACAUUCUACAUGCAAAAGCAAAACCCUAGGCAGGGUUCAUAAAAAACAACCACAAUCUGCAAUUCACGAGUACACUAGGAAGAGCUUCAUCAUCUCUUUUGGAACAAAUUUUCAAUCUGGCAGGAAUCACUUUUCAUCACCACAAAAGGGCCUCCUGCGAUGGCCGAUUAGGAUGGAUGAGAUGUGCAGUUACUGACUAGCAGUUUAAGGUGUGAUUACAGAGGAUUUUAUAUGGGGUUGUCAUCCACAAUGCCUGUCAGUGAGGGCGUUCGGUUUUGCAUUUUUGAUUUGAAAAGGGGACAACAUGAAGGGCAGGAGCUUGACAAGAUUUUAUUCUUCUAUCCUACUGAUUGCCCGUUUACGACACAACUUUCUGUUAUAGGGCUCAGCGAAGGACUUAUUACAUUUACAAGAAUUUUUUCCCCAGAAGCUGCUUGUGAGGUCAUAGAAGCAGAGAGGCAUUCCCAUGUUUUCCACGAAGCAGAGGCAGAUAUCUGGAUGGUGAUGGUAGUAGAAAAAAAUAAGGAGGCAGAAGCGAUUUGGCGGAUUGAUGCAUUGCAAAGAGUUCUUAAGGAAGUACAUUCUCUUUUCGUGAUGUUUCAUGGAUCUGUUAGAUCAUUACUUGAAAAAGAACCUAGUGGUGGGCUUGUCCGUAGUCAUCUAUAUUUUUUUAUUACGGAUUAUUUAACAGAUUUUCUUUCUGGGAAGAAACUCCAACUACCAUUCUUCCGUGAUUGUUUAAAGGAGCGUGGAACUGUUCAGAUGCUGACUGUAGGAAGGGAUGCUGCCAUUGACGUUGAGUCACUAGUUAAAGUGCUGGAAUCUUCAUGUCCAGGGAGCAGCUCAUGCAAUUCACUUAUAAUGUUUCAGGACUUACUAGUGUCCACAACUCUCUCUCCUGAUGACACACUAAAUCUAUUUACAUAUGCUGUUCUGAGGUUGACCCCACGCGUUUUAAAUGCUGGAACAAAUUCUUGGUCUUAUCUGCGCAAGUCAAACGAUGCUUCACAUGUUACAGGAUCUAUUUUAGGAAAUUUCAACUAUCCUGUGGAAGAUAUUUAUGGCUCCCGUGAUAUUUCCCCUGUGGGAAAUGGUCAGAGAUACCACGUUCCAAGGCCAUUACAAAGGGGCAAAUGGUCUAAAGGGAAGGAUGGCUUCCUAGUGGCCGACAUUUGGGGUACAGAAAUGGGUCAAGUGAGUCCUGCCACUGCAAACGUGUGGCUGCAGCAGAUGGAAGAGAGGAUGUACCUUUGUAUCUAUCAGCAUAAGAAUCUUACGGUAAUCCUACUAAUUCCAUAUAGCUCUAUGAUGAAUGGAGACCAAGGGUUAUCGAUUGUAAGGCAGCAAAUUCUUGAAAAUGCAGCAGUGAAGAUUAUUAAAGUCGAAGAGAAAUUGACAAGGGGAUGGGGUGGUGAAAAUGCGUAUCAUGUUGCUGGGUAUCGCUACCUAUUGUUUGACCGUGACAGAAACAUAUCAAGGGCUUCUCCACCAGUAAAAGUUAUAACCUUAAUGAAGGACUCUUUACUUGCCCUCAGUAAGCUUAGAGAGGAAGUUGACCUAGAAAAACAUAGAGCAAAACAAGAUGCACCAGGUCGCGAGAAUGAUUUGGAAAUUUGCAUAAGAGCAAAAAAUAAUGCAUGGGUUAUUGCACGGGUUACAAGAGGGAAGGAGUUAUACAUGGUCUUAGAGAAAGCCAAUGAAACACUUCUUUACGCUACAGAUGCUGUUGACAAGUUCAGCAACAGGUACUGUGAUGGAGCCCUAUCUCUGGACUGAGGCAUGCCUAAAAGUUCUAAGAAAUGCACGGAAAGAGGGCAAACCUAUUGAUUUGAGUUGCGUGUGUGAGCAGAGAACACAUGAUUCUUGAUUUACAUGCUUUGUAAGCCCUUGAUUCCUUACACUUGCUUAUGAAGUCGAAAUAUUUUAGCUGUAAAGAAGCUUUCUUGUGUUCUGCUGUGGAUUAGUAAAGUAGAGAGAAAGAAAAGUUAGUGCAGGUAGAAUCAAAAUUGAUAUAAUUGAUAAGUCAAACAUUUAUGUCUUUUAAAAGAAACGACGAGGGGAAGAAGUAAGAUCGUGAAGGUAGACAUUCACUGUUGUGCACUCUACUGCAUACCAUAUACCUACCAGAUGAAGGCCACAAAGGCUAAUUUCUCUGUAGACAUGUAAGGCCUAGUUGGAAUGAUAUCAGGAGACGACUUUCUGUGGAGAUCUCAAACCCUCCUGCUGAUCGUCGUACUAGGAAAUUGGCUCAUUCUUAAUGCUUGUAAGCGUAUCUUGUAUCUGCAAUUAUGUUGUAUUUGAAUCAAUUGAUUGACAAAGAGUAAAAAUUGAAGGUUAAACUGUGUAUCAGUGAGGAUAAUCUGCACCAUAUCUUAAAAACUGUCAGCUUUUGAU